CUCCCACAGAAGUCCUACAGAUACAAACUUCAAAAUUAAAGCAGUCUAAAGGUUCACAGUUCAAAAGAAUUUGUUGAUAGAAAGUCUUGGAAAAAUAAGAUUGUCUAAAGGAGAUGGAGGAAGAGAACCUAUCUGACAUCAGAAAGUCAUUAGGAAUAAAGAUGGCUGCUUCAAAUCCACAUCAUGUGACAAUUGUCAACCCUCCUCCUCCAGAUCACAUCAAUACUGAAGGAACUGGCUGCUUAACCAAUCAACUUCAAUAUUUACAGAGAGUGGUCAUGAAAGCAAUGUGGAGACACAACUUUUCUUGGCCAUUUCAUCAGCCUGUAGAUGCUGAAGGUCUAAAACUUCCAGAUUAUUAUAAUAUUGUAAAAGAACCCAUGGACUUGACCACAAUUCAGAAACGUCUGGAACAUCAAUACUACACGUGUGCUGCAGAAUGUAUUGACAACUUCAAGAAAAUGUUUGCAAACUGCUAUUUAUAUAAUAAGCCUGGUGAUGACAUUGUUUUCAUGGCCCAAGAGCUCGAAAAAGUAUUUCUGCAGAAGGUUGCCCAGAUGCCCCCAGAUGAGAAAAUAGUGGUGAUCAAUAAAGGGAAAAAAGGGGAAGGAAAGACAAAUGCUGCUGAACAAUCUGAUGCAAAAAAAUCACAAACUCAGCAGACAAAAAAAUCCAGAAAAGUCAAGCAGUUCCAAAUAAAAACAGCAACCCCACAAUUGCAAUCUCCAGAGCCUUCCCCUGUGCCUCCUUUUCCGAGUGUCACACCAACAUCUGAAGCGGUUACCAAACCAUGUUCCUGUGCCGAAAAGGGUGUAAAAAGGAAAGCUGAUACCACUACGACAACCAUCACCGCAAGCAGCGAAUCUUCUCCAGCACUCCUUGAACCCAAAAUAACCAAGGUCUCCACUAGAGAAGAAUUCCUGUCUGAAAGAGCCUUACCUGAUUCGUGGCAGCCAACUGAACCCAUAGAAAUUACAGAGCUAAUGGAACCAUUGGAAUACUGUAAUGAAAUUCUUAUAGAAUUGAUGUCAAACCAGCAUGCUGCCUAUGCUUGGCCAUUUUAUAAGCCAAUAGACAUCACUGCCUUAGACCCUGAAGAAUAUCAGAAUAUUAUUAAAUCUCCUAUGGAUCUUGGAACUAUUAAAAAGAAACUGGACAAUUGUGAAUAUAAAGACACACAAGAAUUUGCUGCUGAUAUUAGGCUAAUGUUUAUGAAUUACUACAGAUACCAUUCUCCAGAUCAUGAAAUAGUGUCAAUGGCAAGAAAACUUCAGGAUGUCUUUGAGAUGCUGUUUGCCAGAAUUCCAGAUGAACCACUUACUGGUAGGCCUCUGCUGCAUUCCACCACAAGAAGCCCCACUUCUGUAUCUACUGAUAGCAGCCCUAACAUCUCAUCUGAUGAAGAGACUGAAAAAGAACAAGCGAAACGCCUUGAAGAGCUCCAAGAACAACUUAAAGCUGUUCACCAGCAAUUGCAAGCUUUGGCUAAAACAACCGGGCCCAGAUUAAAGAAGAAGAAAAAGAAAGGAAAAUCUAAGAAGGAAAAAAGAAAAGGCAAAGUAAAAAUCAAGCCUGCGACUCAGAAAAGCAGAAAGAUAAAGCAAAUGAAACAGCUGAAGAGAAGAAUGUCUUUGAACCUUCAUUCCAAGAAAAUCCAGCAGCAAGAAGAACUUGCAGGACCCAAGGCUGAGGAUGAGGAUACUGCCAAGCCAAUGAGUUAUGAUGAAAAGAGGCAAUUAAGCCUGGACAUAAAUAAACUCCCAGGGGAGAAGCUUGGCAGAGUGGUAUAUAUUAUUCAGUCAAGAGAGACAUCACUGAGGCAUUCAAAUCUUGAUGAAAUUGAAAUAGAUUUUGAAGCUCUCAAAGCAUCAACUUUACGGGCACUGGAGAAAUAUGUCAUGGCAUGCUUGAGAAAAAGGCCCAAGAAACAUUAUGCAAAAAAACCCAAAGACCAAUUUACUGUAGAGAAGCCACAAGAUCAGAGGUUGCUGAAUGUCAGUGGGCUGCUCUGUUCAGUGAAGCAAAAUGCAAAAUCUGGGAAAAUUGCUGAGUCAAAAAUCUACGGAAGGCCUAGUCGACUCAGUGAAAGCAGCAGCAGUGGCAGCAGCAGCAGCAAUGGCUCCUCUGCAUCUGAAAGCACCAGCAAUGAUUCCAGUUCAUCUGACAGCAGCAAUUCUAAAUCAGAGGCAUACAUAAAAGAUAAUGGAAAUGGGGAAAAGGAUUUGUUUUGCAGAGAACAGCUUAAGAUCCCGCUGCAUCAUCCAGAGAUCUCCUGCAAUGUCGUUCCUCAGAUAUGGAAUCCUUCGCCUCUUAGCAAGCUGCCCCCAAGAGCACCCAAAGCCAGGGCCUCCCACCAGUUACUGCCUUGUUCUCGGUCUUUGCAGCUCAGUCCUCUUAAACUUCAAGAACAACGCAUUGUUUCUCCUUCAGGUAUGGUAGCUGUUGUGUCACCCCUGCACUGCAUGCCAGUUCAAGAGACAACUCAGAGUGACUUGUUGGCAACCCAAGCUUCUCACAGCCCUUCUCGCAAGCUUUCAGAGGUGCCUUGUUCUUCCUCUUCAAAUAACCCUUUGGACAACAUGAAAGAUACUCGGAAACCAUCAUUAUUGCAACAGGGGCUGCCAUCUGCUCUCCAGAUUAAAUCCUCUAUGGGAGUUGCCAAAGUAACACCACCUGAUCAUGAGCAAAAACUGAAGGCUAGUUUCCCAGACGGCCACUGGCGACCACGGAUGACAGAAUCUGCACGUGCCAUUAUUACAGAAAAUUGUUCAAAUAACCAUGAGGAAAGAAAAAAGAGAGAGACUAAGCCUCAGAUUCCUCUAAUAAAGGAUAUAAAAGUCAAACAUGCAGAUUCUUGGACAAGUUUAGGUAAGAUGGUGACUGCUCCAAUCUCGGUCAGAUCCUCCAAUGAAAGCUUCAAACAGUUCCAAAAAGCUGCACUGGAAAAAGAAGAAAGCGAGUGGGCAAAGGAACGAAAAAGACGAUUGGAACAAGCAGAGAGGAAGUUGAGAAAACAUCCUCAGGAAAAAGAAAGAAACAGUAGAGAGAUGGAUUUGAGAUCCACAGCAGUAAAAGAAGGUGGUCCCAUUCCAAAUAUAGCAGGAUCUGGAAGAGAGCAAUCACAUUCAAUACCAAAUCUUGUCAUAGACCGUAAUUUGGCAAGAAAAAUGGAGCAAGAGCGCAGAAGAAGAGAAGCGUUGAAAAGCACCAUUGACAUGAAUUUUCAAAGUGAUGUUAUGGCAACGUUUGAAGAAACUCUGCAGUGAAAUGGAGAUGGAUGAUUGCGUUACUUUGCAGCUCUUCAAAAACUGGUUAUAGAUUGCAGAAACUAUUCUGAAAAAAUGAUCCCCGAUAUUGGGAAUACCACUAUUUUUUUUGAAGAGCUAGUGUAUGAAUAUAAUUUCAGUUUUAUAAAAUUACAUUUGCUUAUUAAAAUCAAAAAAGCCCAUGCAAACUUCCAAGGCAUAAUUGGUCAGCCCUUCUAAGGAAGUUUUCUGAAUAUUGCCAUACAAAAACAAUACAUUUUGAAAUGUGUUUCAACAACAUUACAAUCAACCCCAAUUUUUAUUUUGGGAAGUGAAGAAUUUAAGGAAAAGUAUUGAUCUGAGGGCUCAAAACUACCAUUUAAAUACAUGUAGAACACAUAUGAAGGUAAAUAUAAUUUUGGGGGAAAAUACUUAAACUCUGGAAAGUAAGUGAUGUUUCGCAUCUCCAUUAUAUAUUGUACUUAUAAAUGCAUUUUUGUUAUGCUUAACAUUUUAAUAAGGAUACCUGAAGGUUAAUUUUUGUCUAAUUUUGAUUUUUAGCUAAUAUGGUUGUUGAUUUUUUUUAAGUGGCAGUUUAACAUUAUUUUUAGUUCAUUUAGAGCUCAAAUCUAUCUGACUUGAAAAAGAUAAAUCCUUUUUUUUUCUUAGUAAAAUCUGGAAGUGAAUUGUCAUUUUGUGUUCCCUGUGGUUUAAAUUUUUAUUUUUGUCUUGAAUGCAAUCUUGCUUUAUUUGAUAACAAAGAGCAUUUAUAUUUACAGCUU